AUGGAGCUGUCCGAGAACAAGCAGAGAAUGCUUCGCGGGGAGCUCUAUUAUGCAUUCACCCCCGAGCUGGUCGCAGAUAGAGCUCGCUGCAAACACACCUGCGCUCGGUACAACAACGCUGGAGACGCUCCGCGCCGAAACCUGACCGAGCUGUUCCGAGACAUUCUCUGCGACAAGACGCCCCUUCCGCCCGUAGCUGCUACCCCCGAAGAGGACGACAAGCUGUUCGAUGACGAUCCUUGGAUCGAGCCUCCAGUCGCCAUGGACUAUGGCUUCAACGUCCGCCUCGGCAAGAACGUCUUCAUCAACUUCCACGCUGUCUUCCUAGAUACAUGCCUCAUAAGCAUCGGCAGCCGCACCCUCGUGGGGCCCAAUGUUUCCUUCUUCUCCGGGACGCAUCCUCUCGACCCCACAAUCCGCCAAGGCACGCGCGGGCCAGAGCUGGGGAAGGAGAUACACAUAGGAGAGGAUUGCUGGAUCGGAGGCAACGUUGUCAUCCUCCCCGGAGUUACUAUCGGCAGAGGCAGCGUAGUUGGUGCCGGGAGCGUCGUAACGAAGAGUGUGCCCGAGUUCCAUGUCGUCGCAGGUAAUCCUGCCAAGAUCAUAAGGAAAGUCGAGACUGCCAUGGAUCCGGCAAGCGCCGCUGAAUGGACAGGCUGGCCGGACGAAAAUGUCGGCGGAGCUGAAUUGCCUAUGGCGGAGAUGGGUGAGCGCGAUGAAGCUGUUCAAACACUGCCCGAGCCCAAAUGA